AUGUCAAUGUCAGUGAAAGUUACUGUUGUGGACCUUGUCGGACGUUCGUUGGAGCUUGAGCUUCCUGGCACGGAAGCCGUGAAAGCCAUCAAAGCUGCAGUCGCAAAAACGUGGGACCUGGAUCCUGUCGCCUUUCGGCUGCUCGUGCAAGCUGAGCGCAUGGAUGAAGAGAGGACGCUUGAGAGUUUCCUCAAGGAGGGUCAGUUGCAGAUUGAGGUGCAGCUUCUUAAGUUCGACCCCCUCUUGGACCUGGGGCAGUUUGUCAGCGCCGAGCAUUCAGGCAUCGAGCUUUCUGGUGAGUGCCGCACUCUGAAGAAGACAAAACGAUUCCCGGAUUCCAACAACGUCUUCCUGCGCCAUGGGAUUCAGGAGCCGUGCUUCGUGGAGUUUGAAGUGGUCCGUGCCGGAGAUGAGAUGUCUUUUGGUGUGACCUAUCACAGGCCGGUAGAGAAAUUGUCAGACCAUGACAACCUUUCUGUAGAUACAACUUGGAUCUUCUCCAAAAAGCAAGCGAUGCCAGUCUUCUUCUUUGGUGGCCAACAUUUCAAUCCUGCUGAAGUUCCUGGUGUGCAAGGGGGUGACAUCAUCGUCGUCUACGCCGAUCCUGAGGCUCGCUUGGUCGAGUUCUACUGCAACACGAAGCUGGUCGGAUCCACAGAGUCUCUCGGCGUUCCUUUGCCGCACGCUGAUGGCAGGCCUUUGUGGAUGUAUGCCAUGGUGGACAGAGAACGUGAUGAGAUCCAAAUCAAGCGGUUUGGCCCUGGCAGGCCAUAUUGA